GGUGAGGAUGCCAAAGAUAAGGAAUCGCACACCUGACACAAAAUUGAGGCUAUUCCCAUUGCCCCUCCCCCUCUCGCUCGUUCAUGUUCGCGGGGUGUCAAGCGCGUGGUGAGGAAGGAGGAUGAUUUGUGAGAGGCCGAGGAUGAUCCGCGUUGUUCUGUUGAUUUGAUUCAUGCGCACUGAUGUUGACGGUUGACCUCUGAAUCAAGCAAGUCCAGUCAGUACCUGGUACAGUACUCGUACGCCGGGCGCCGUUUCGUGUAGGGAUAUAAGCUACCUGCCGCUGUGUUUCCUACAACACCACCGAUCGAAUUCAGGAAGGGCAGAGGAGGAGGUUUUCUGAGGCUGUUUGUGGAGGAGAUCAGGGAACGGGGAACGGCAGCUACAGGACAAUGUUAUCCUCAUUGCUACGGCCAAAGAAGUCCCGACAGCGCGUCACCGAACACGCGCCAUUCUCCUCGUCUUAUCCCGAGCCUUCCCUUUCUUCUCCCACCGUUGCGCGAAGAGAUAGACAAGUGCGCCAUGCUACGGCAGAUUGGACUGAGACGGAACCAGAAGAUGAUGAAUUGACGGGAGAUGACGGACAUGAUCAUGAUGGAGAAGACGAGGACCAGGACGAAGAUGACGACGAGGACGAUGACGACGAUGAAGAUGGAGAAGAAGAUACGCCCUUACUCCCCAUAUUCUCUGCGGCGCAUUUAGGUCAGUCAGAAUUGCGUAUUUGAUAUCCUGAACACCAGCUAAUAUCUUCGGAAUUAGAUGCGCUCCCAAUCUACAACCUUACGCAUGCCAUCCGUGUCAUCGUUCUUCCCAGGACCGAAACAACCUUGACCUGGGAUCAGCUUCGAUCACCACAAGUUUCCCAAUUCUUAGUGAAGCCUAUGCUGCAACAACUUCGAGCCGCACACUUCUCUCGCGCUACUCUAUAUGCCCUCAUGGCCAAUUGUUUACAAUUUCAAAAAGAAGCCCAGGCAAAUCCUGGAAAUGCGGGAGUCAGUCGUACGAGGGCCCUGGUGUGCGAGUUGUUGGCUAUAAAGUUAUUGAAGGAAUACAGCACGCGGGAACUUAUCGAUGCCCUCUCCUACGAUUUCUUCCCGCUCCAGGGAAUCCCGGAGCCAAUGACCCCGAACCAAGGUCCUAAAAUCCAGCCACGCCCCGCCGCCGCUCGAACGUCAACCGUUGAAGUGGCUAUCAGAGCCUCGGCGAAAUCAUUCUUAGCACAUCCAUUGGUGGUCCAACAGCUCGAGGCAAUAUGGGCAGGGACUAUCGUGUUUCAUUCCGCGGCAGAUAAUCUUCAUAGAAAACGCACAACUCCUCCCAAACCACCAACUCCACAAUACAAGAACAAUGAUAGAAAUCAUCUGCUAGUCCCAGGAGAGAAUGUGAGAUACGGUACUAUAAGCUCUCCGGGUGGUCGAAGAUCAUCAGAUGUGCAAUUUCAGCCAGUUCAGAUGCGAAGGACUGUUACUCUCUAUGAUCCAAGAGACGCUUCUUUAUUUAAGCUUUCACGUCUACGAGUACCUCGUUAUCGUCAAUUCUUUUCAACUUUCUCUCUUGCAAUUCUGCUUGGACUGUUUGUUGCAGUACUAUCUCGACGGUCAAUGGACAUCACCCUUUUGGAGGUUGUCUUUUGGUUUUGGAGUGCGGGAUUUAUGUUGGACGAGGUUGUUGGCUUCAACGAACAGGGGUUCAGUUUGUAUAUCAUGAGCUUCUGGAAUACAUUUGAUCUUGGGAUAUUGCUCUUCCUCAUCAUGUACUACUCUAUGCGGUUGUACGGACUAUUCCUCGUUGAUAUUGGAAAGCAUGAGUGGAAUUCAAUGGCUUACGAUGUUCUCGCAACCACUGCUAUUCUCUUAUUCCCCCGACUUUUUAGUGUUCUCGACCACUAUCGAUACUUCUCGCAACUUCUUAUCGCCUUUAGAUUGAUGGCUAUUGAUCUUGUGGCAGUUUUUGUUCUGAUACUCAUCGCAUGUAGUGGCUUUUUCGUCGCUUUCACGAUGUCAUUUAGAACAAAUGGAGACAGUCACAAUGAUGCAGCUGGUGUCGCCUAUAAAAUCUUUCAGAUCCUGAUGGGAUUCACUCCAGCCGCAUGGGAUUCUUGGUCUACCUACAAUCCUCUGGGAAAAGCGAUUCUUGUGCUGUUCCUAUUUAUUUGUCACUUCUUGGUGGUAACGAUCUUGAUUACGGUCCUCACAAACUCGUUUAUGAAAAUUGUCUCGAAUGCAAACGAGGAGCAUCAGUUUGUGUUUGCUGUCAAUACCAUAUCAAUGGUCAAGAACGACGCUUUAUUCUCAUACGUUGCACCGAGCAAUAUAAUUGCAUGGGUUUUUACUCCAUUGAGGUUUAUUUUACCAUUCCGAUCAUUCAUCAAGCUUAAUCGGACUGUUAUUAAAAUUACCCAUUUCCCCCUGCUAUUCAGUAUUUUCGCAUAUGAAAAGCUGUUCCUUGCAAGCUCGGUAUUUGAGCCCACAGAUCUCAUCGACCAUCGUGGUCGCAAACGACUCAUCUCUUUCCAAGAGAACAAAUCUCUGUUUAGUCCUAAUCCACGAACGAGACAGGAGUCGGUUGCAGGUUUCCAAAAAGACCGGGCUCUGGAUGAGGUUUUUAGAUUGGCUCCUAGAUCAGAUACGCUUCGAAACGCAAAGAGGAGUAUGGAGCGUAGACAAAAGGUUGUCAACAAUUGGAUGGAACACCAAGGAGAGGCUGCUAGCCCUCCACAGGAGCAAGAUAGAUCAGUAGUUGAUCGGUUGGAAACAAGAAGACAGGCAAGAAAGGCCACUAUGCUUCGCCAGCGAGGAAUAUCAGGUACAAGAUCAGUGGCAAGCGACCCGGCUGAUUUCAUGUCAUCAAAUCCAUUUCGCAAUUACGAAGAUGACCAUCCGGAUUUGCGUAGCCAGGUUGUUGGACACGAAGAUGAUGAUGGGGAUGACGAGUUGGUGACUAAUGAGGAUGAUGAAGGAGCUACGUUGGAUAAAAGUAAUAGUCGUCGCCACGAUUCUGGGAAUUCUGACGAAGAUGAUGGCGAGGGAGAGGAAGAUUAUUUUACGACACCAAAUACUAUGGUACAACGAUCUUCUUUAUCCUCUGCUAGGCUACUUCCAAACAAAACACCAAAGUCAUCGCCUCCAAGAAUUCGUGGUCACAAUAGAAAUGUAAGCACAGUCUUAGCUCAAGCUAUCCUCUUGACUCUUGAGCAAUACUAACUUCACGCAGAUGUCUUCGAAUACAAUACUCUAUAACCCAGUUGCCAAUAAUAUGACCUCAUCGUCGGACUCACCUCCAAAAUCUCGUCCUUUGACUGCAAAGCGCUCAUCCAAUGCAAACACAGGUACUCAUACUCCAACUGGUGUAGCCGCCGGACAUCGUACCCCUAAACAUUCAAUCUACACAACCGCAAACACAAAAGCAAGGCCAAUAAUGCCAAAUAGAGCAGAUUUUAAAUCGGUUCCUAAUUUCGAUAUGGCUGGCGGUCGUAUUCGACAGAUCCGCCACAAACAGUCCUCUCUCGAUAUGGGAAUGUCCGAUCUCGGAUGGGACAAUCCCAAUCAAGGACUACUAGGCGCGGUCCCCAGUUCCUUCGGAACCCAAAUGGCCCGCGCAACCGGCGGCCUCAAAGAUCCUCGCGGUGGCUCCGCAAGUCGAAGAGAAGACACUGAGGGCAUGAUGGGACGACUAAUGCUCGCCCGCAUGAAAACGCUCGAAGAGGGAUUCGCCGAGGUUGUCAAGGAGUUUCGCGGUCUCCGCACGGCGGGGAAUAGUUCUGUGGAGGGAACGGAGCUAUUAGAUGGUUUGGGGGGGUAUAAACGUGAGAAGGAGAAGGGAAAGGGAAAGGAGAAGGCGACGAGGAAGAAGCGCGGUGGGAAGAUCUCGAGGACGACUAGUGAGCUGGAUUUCGCUAAGGUUGAGGGGAGGGAGCGCGAGCGCGAGCAGGAGAAUGUGAGUCCGGCGGCAAAGCAGGAUGGUGGUCGUGAUGAUACAUUAGAUAAUGAGGGGUUUGCUGUGGAGAGGUUUGAGGCGAGGGGUAGUUCGAUUUAGAUGGGUUGAUGGGUUGGUUUCGACAUUGUGUGUUUCCCCUCCCUUUUUUUUCUUUUUUCGAUAGCAUGGGUUGGAUGGGAUGGUGGAUGGUGGAUGGUUAGGAUAGAAUAAUUUGGGGUGGCUUGAGUGGGAUGGGUUGGGUUGGUUGGUUGGUUGGGGUUGGUACAUACGGUCUGCGUCUGCGUCUGUUUCCUUUUUUCUGUUUUUCUUUUCUUUUCCUUUGCAUUCUUGUAUUCUGUACUUGGUGAGCGAGCGAGCGAGCAUUGCAUCAUUGGCCUUUUUUGUGUAUUUUACUUUUUACAUUUUACAUUUUACAUCUUUUUUGCGUAUGGGAUGGGAUGCGAUGGUUUGGGUUUAAGAGCGCGGGAGUUUGUCAUUUGAAUAAUAUGCCACUUUUGUUCUUCUUUGUUCUUUUAAGUCUUGAAAGUUAAGUCUUGAGUCUUGGGGUUUGAGAUGAAGAUUACUGAUUUUUGGACUAUGGUAGAUUGUUUUAUCCUGUUUUUCUCUAUUUAUCAUUGAUUUGUUGGUUAGUAAGGUGAUUAAUAAGUGAAUGACAAAUGAC